GACGAGAGACACACUGGGCAAAGACGGGCAAUCUUUGCGCUGCAUGAGCAUGUUUUGAAGUUUCCCAUGUCCACAUGCAGUCAACAUGCUGGCGGUUGGCCACCCUUAAUCACUUGUUCCCUUAAUCACUUGUUCGUUUGCUGCGGGUCGGAUACCAUCGCAAAUGUGCUCACGCACCCCUGUCCGUGCAGAGAGACUGCAUCAAACUAACGGCGUUGGGCUCUUUUAUACUUCUUUGUCAGAAGCUCUCUCGUCAGCUACAGAGCCUUCCCUACUCCAGGAACUGCCGUCUCUGCCAAGUCAAUCCUUUCCUCACAGCUGCACUCUUCCUCUCUCCUCCUCCUCGCGCAGGAACCCAUCUCACCACCCUGGGCAGUAGCAGCAGCAGCAACAGCCGAUCUCCUUUCGCCAUGAGCCAGCCCACAGCACAUCCUCAGACCGACUCUGGCAGUCCGGCGCUCAAAGACCAACAUGGCGACCCCGUCGUGGUCGACGCGAGUCGCGAUUCCAACUCGGCCCAGGAUUCGGGUGCGUUUGAUGGCAUCGACAAGGAAGCGCAAGCCGGUGUGCAAAACGUCGAAGCAAUCGCGACGGUCUGGUCGACCAAGUCCAUCAUUAUCGCAUACACCCUGAUUUGGCUGGUAUACUUUGUCAUGCUACUCCAGCAAGGCGCUGGCAAUGCUCUCAAACCCUACGUCACAUCAGCCUUUCAGUUUCACUCCCUGACGCCCACGGUGGACAUUCUCAGUUUUGUCAUCAGCGGCUGUGCCAACUUGACAGUCGCCAAGAUCCUCGACGUCUGGGGCCGCCCGCAAGGUUAUGCCGUGUCCCUCUUCAUCGCCACCAUUGGCCUGAUCAUGAUGGCCGCCACGACCAACGUCGAGAUGUACGCUGCGGCGCAGGUCUUCUGGAGUGUCGGGACGAACGCCCUCAUGUACAGCAUCAACAUCUUUGUGGCCGACACCACAGCCCUGCACAAUCGUGCUCUCAUGACGGCUCUCACCGCCUCCCCGAACAUCAUCACGACAUGGCUGGGUGGGCCCAUCUCAGAGGCUUUCCUCCUCAAGGGGCCCGGAUGGCGGUGGUACUUUGGUGCAUUUGCCAUCAUUGUCCCUGUCCUCUGCGCCCCUUUUGUCGUGCUGCUUCUGGUGAAUUCCUUCAAGGCCAAGAGGCAAGGCGUGAUCAAGAAAGAGGAGACCGUCAAGAGGUCGCCGUGGCAAACCUUUAUCCAUUACGCUCGCGAGUUUGAUGCCGUUGGUCUGCUUCUGCUCACCGCUGGCCUUGCCAUGUUCCUUCUGCCAUUCAACAUCUGGGCAUUCCAGCCCAAGGGCUGGCAAUCUCCCCUCAUCAUCUGCCUCCUUGUUUUUGGGCUGGUCCUGAUGAUUCUGUUUGGAGUCUGGGAGCGCUUCUUUGCGCCUGUCCAGUUUAUCCCAUACUCACUGCUCUCAGACCGCAACAUGGUCGGUGCCUGUGGUCUGGGCACGGUCUUGUUCAUCAGCUACUCGUGCUGGGCAAGCUAUUUCAGCUCGUUCCUCCAGGUAGUCAACGGACUGAGCAUUGCCCAUGCGAGCUAUGUCGUCCAGAUCUCCAGCGUGGGGAGCAGCCUCUUCACCAUCGUCACGGGUCUGAUCAUUCGCUACACUGGACGCUAUAAGGCCAUCACACUCUACGGCGCGAUUCCCGUCUACACUCUGUUCAUGGGUCUCAUGAUCCAUUUCCGGACUGCGGACAUGAAUGUGGGAUACAUCAUCAUGUGCCAGGUAUUUUUGGCAUUUGCUUCUGGUGUUUUGGUCACCACGCCCCCGAUCGCCGCCAUGUCUUCCUCCUCACACCAGCAUAUUGCCGUUGUCAUCGCCAUUGUCGGCAUGUUCUCGUCCAUUGGUGGUGCUGUUGGUCUUGUCAUUGCCGGUGCUAUCUGGCAGGCCAUCUUCCCGAACCGACUGCUCCUCUACCUCCCGGUUGAGGAACAGGCGAACUUCCUGAAUAUUUACGGCAUGCUCGAUGUCCAACUGAGCUAUCCCAUGGGCAGCCCGGCCCGGAUCGCCAUUCAGCGCGCGUACUCGGAUGCUCAGGCGAUGAUGUUGACAGCCGGCACCGCCAUAUGGGUGCUUGGCGCUGUUGCGGUGGCUUUCUGGAGGAACACGGAUAUCAGGACUAUUCAGCAGGUUAAGGGCAAAGUCAUUUAAUCAAGGUCUAUAUAUAGAGUCGUCUAUACUCACUGCGGUCAUCCGUCGCUCGGGCCAUGGCUAGAAGAUAGCCCUCUCCGCAUAGUUCCUUUUUUUCUGGACAAGACGCUUAUACAAGGCAUCGCGUCUUUUAAAUAGUAAGAUUUAAUUCGAAGUAGUCAUAUUGUCCCCUAAUUUGUACGUUCAUAAAAAGGUAGCCUUGGGUUCUCAUAAUAUGUAAGAAUCCUUUAUAGAAGCGUAGGAUCGCAGCAGCAUGG